AUGCCUUCUGCUCAGCAAAAUGGGUUGAAAACUUCGCUCUGGGCGCCUGAUGAUGGAUUCAGUAAUGGCGCUGGCGCCAACAAGGUUAUUGCAGAAUUAACAAUAUUGUUCUUAUUCACCACAUCUUUACCAAUCAGUCGCUCCACGCUAACCAAUUUGCCUCCAUCCCGCGAAUGCCGCUUUGUCCCUGUCGUUGGUGCCAGGCGCCAGUCGCCAGCCAUAGUGCCAGAAACGCUCUGUUACUGCUCUGGCUUCACCCAGCGCGAAUAUCCGCCGUCCCCGCCGCUUAUCCUUGUUAUGACCCUGGCUGCUUUGUGA